GCUUCGGCCCUCCCCACCGUCCCCCAGAUGUAUUAUGCGGUUUCCCAGGCGCGCGUGAACGUGGCCCCUGCGACCAUGCUGCGGCCACAGCGGCCGGGAGACGUGCAGCUCGGGGCCUCCCUGUAUGAGCUAGUGGGCUACCGGCAGCCGCCCUCCUCCUCCUCUUCCUCCACUUCCUCCUCCUCCUCCACGACGGCCCCCCUUCUCCCCAAGGCGGCGCGCGAGAAGCCGGAGGCGACCGCCGAGCCGCUGGGCACGGGAUCCGGGCCGGGCGCGCACGCGGGCGGCGGCUCCCGGGCAGACGCCAAGGAGGAGCAGCAACAGCAGCUGCGGCGCAAGAUCAACAGCCGAGAGCGGAAGCGCAUGCAGGACCUGAACCUGGCCAUGGACGCGCUGCGCGAGGUCAUCCUGCCCUACUCGGCGGCGCACUGCCAGGCUGCGCCGGGCCGCAAGCUCUCCAAGAUCGCAACGCUGCUGCUCGCCCGCAACUACAUCCUGCUGCUGGGCAGCUCGCUGCAGGAGCUGCGCCGCGCGCUCGGCGAGGGCGCGGGGCCCGCUGCACCGCGCCUGCUGCUGGCCGGCCUGCCUCUGCUCGCCGCAGCGCCGGGCUCAGUGCUGCUGGCGCCCGGCGCCGUGGGGCCGCCCGACGCGCUGCGCCCGGCCAAGUACCUGUCGCUGGCGCUCGAGGAGCCGCCGUGCGGCCAGUUCGCGCUCCCCGGCGGCGGCCCGGGCGGCGGCGCUGGCAGCCCCGGCCUCUGCACCUGCGCCGUCUGCAAGUUCCCGCACCUCGUCCCGGCAGGCCUGGGCCUGGCCGCGGUGCAGGCGCAGUUCUCCAAGUGA